AUGUCAGAUCCCACAUCAAAACCGCCCCCAAUUCCCUCGUGGCAGCAGCAGUCUGGACCUGCACCCACCGAUCAGUCCCCGACGUCGCCAUCGCAGAGCUCCGACAAUGCGCCCGCGUCCACCUCACGACAAGUCCUCUUAGACCAAGCGUCCAAAUUUCUAGAGGAUGAAUCGAUUCGUGAGGCCUCGACCGAGCGCAAAGUCUCCUUCCUCGAAUCCAAAGGCCUGAAUUUCGACGAGAUCCAGCAGCUCCUCGGCGUCUCCCGAAACCCAGAGGCGAGUAGCGCCAACGCGACCGCGGCCGAAGAGAAGGCACAAGAGACACCUUCAUCCUCCUCGUCCGACCAAUCUGAACUGAACCCUUCCUCUCAUACCUCUGCGGCAUCCGCAUCCUCCUCUACCACCAUGUCGCAACCACGCUCGUCCUCCGCCACCUCCACAACCUCGUCCCCAGCACGCGACGUGCCCCCGAUCAUCACCUACCCCGAAUUCCUCUUCCAGCCUGCCAGGCCACCCCCACUGGUGACCAUGAGCCGGGUCCUGUAUACAAUCUACGGCGCUGCAGGUCUCGGUGCUAGCAUCUAUGGCGCCAGCGAGUACCUCGUGAAACCAAUGCUGGCGAGCCUCACCAGCGCACGCCACGAUCUCGCGAGCACUGCGCAGGAGAAUCUGCAAAAGUUGAACGAGAAGCUCGAGCAAAAUGUUUCCGUCAUCCCCGCGCACCUCGCCGCGCGCAAGAACAAAGACACGCGCGAGGAAGACGAGGGCUGGAACGACAGCGACUCGGUUAUCUCGGACCCGACAGAGCUGUUCCACCGGGACAUCGGCACUCAAACGACCCCCAGUGUCUCGCAAACGUCUCUUUCUUCGGAUGCAAAGGACAUGCAGGACCCCGUCGCUGAUGCACCCACCGCAGUCAACAACCACCUGAGCCGCCUCGAGUCCAUUCAGUCCUCGCUGAAAAAAAUCACCGAGUUCGAGAAGGAUUCUAGUACCCUGGACGAUACGAUGCGCACCAGUCUUACUGACCUCCAUCAUUACCUCGAUGGCUUGACCUACGCUGCGCCCAGCUACACUGCCACGGGAUAUGGGGGUCUCUACUCGGGAAGCACCAGCAACGGAUCCGACAGUAUCUCCAUGGGUGUGCGCAAGUCUGAGGAUGAAGCCAUUGCAAGCUUCAAAGCGGAGAUCCGUGGUGUGAAGGGUGCACUGCUGAGCGCAAGAAAUUUUCCAGCGAGUCGCGGUGGCAGGCUUCCAGGCAGUGUGCCGGCGUUUGGGAGGUGA